GCGGCCGCCGCCGCCGCGCAGCACCAGCAUCACCCGCACCACUCGAGUCACGGAGACCACCACCACCGCGGCGAUCACUACGCGCCCCACGCGCCCCACGCCAUGUACGGCGGCGGCGGACACGGGCACCACGGGCACCACGGGCAGCACGGCGGCGCGGGGAUGGGCGGCGGGGACGCGCACGGGUACCACGGGUCCAUACCCGUGGCUCACACCGUCAACCACCACGGGGGCCCCGGUUACCCCUCGGGCUACCCGCACAACCCCUACGGCGGCAUCGGGAUGGACGGCGUCGGGCUCGGGAUGCACGGGCAGACGUUCCCGCCGAUGCACGCGAUACAUCACGGCUUUGGUGGUGGUCCGUACGCGCAUCCGUCGCAGCACCCGCACGACGCGGCGGGGUCGGGGCGCCACGGGCACGCGGGUAUGAACGGAAUGCAGCAGGUUGAGAUGGCGGGCAGCGGGCCCAGGCGGCAGUACUCGAGCGAUCUGUCCCGGCUCAUGUCGGAGUUCAACGCGAACCCGUCGAGCAGCGAGGACUUUCUGAAGUCGUUCCUGCAGAGGACGGCGUCGGAGCUGGACAACCUGGCGCAGCUCGGGUCCAAGUGAGGCGGCGAAUUGGGGUGGGUGGGGCGUCGAUUCGGAGGAGUGAAACGAGGACGGGCCUGUGCGCCACUUGCUGUCAAGUGUACUGCGGCGAUAUUAGCAACCUCCACGACGAAUGACCGGAAGCUUCACUUAUUGAUGGUCCAAUGAUGCCAUCUCUAAGUGAUCUUCAUCGUUGAAUUCUCAUUCGUCGUGGACGUUGUUACACAGCAAGUGGCCCACGGGUCCGCGAGUUGGUUGGAUUUUUUGGAGGACGAGAGUGGAUCGCUCGGCGGCGGUCCACCCACUGCAGUAUAUUACGCGCAACAAAGCACCGCUGCACAUAAUACAUGUAGAACUGUAAGAUUGUAACGCGAACGACAACGAUUCGGGA